UAGACUAAUAGAGUAGAGUUAGUAGAAUAUAAGGCUUUGUUUGUGAUUUUUUAUUUUUAUCAUUGUAAUUUAUUAUCAGGAGGUGUAUUAUGGUGUUUUUGGAUGACUUUAACAUACUUUGGUGCUUUUAUGACCCCAUCGUAGUUUUAUAGUUAGGCUAUGUGAACACUUUUUGUAGAAAAGAUAGUCAACUAGGCUACAAUGAAGAAAGAGAAGACUGCUGACAACUCCAGGCCAUUUAAAUUAGCCCAUCAGAUCUUGAGCUUGACUGGAAUAAACUUUCAAAGAAAAAGUAUAAUCGGCUUUGUUGAGUUGACGAUCGUGCCGCUUAGAGAUACUCUUCGCUUCAUUCGGUUAAACGCCAAACAGUGUCGGAUCUACAGAGUUUGUUUGAACGACACUUAUGAAGCCCCAUUCCAAUAUUUCGAUCCUUUCCUUGAUAUUUGUCAAGGGGAUAGCAAUGAAAGGUCGCUGGAGCACUUUUCUCCCUCACAUCUACAUGCUGCCAACCAGAUAGACCCAGACCAUGCCAACGGUGAACUGGUCAUCAGCAUACCGUCAGAGGCAUAUGCAGUGGUGGGGGAAGGUAGGCCGCUGAGGGUAGGAGUGGAGUUUUCCCUGGAGCAGCCCCAGGGAGGUGUUCACUUUGUAAUUCCUGACUGUGAAGGAACUCUAGCAGAGAGGGGGGCACACAUGUUCACCUACCAGUAUGAGAACUCGUCUCGGCUGUGGUUCCCGUGUGUGGACAGUUUCGCCGAGCCGUGCACGUGGAGGCUGGAGUUCACCGUGGACGAGUGUAUGACGGCAGUCUCGUGUGGCGACCUGAUAGAAGUGGUGUAUACACCGGACAUGAGACGCAAGACUUUCCACUACGUACUCACCACACCAGCCUGCGCUCCCAAUAUAGCACUGGCCGUGGGUCCAUUUGAGAUAUUCGUGGACCCAUACAUGCAUGAGGUGACUCACUUCUGCCUCCCUGGCCUCAUUGAGCCACUCAAGGUGUCCGCCCGCUACAUGCACGAGGCGUUUGAGUUCUACGAGGAGACUCUGGCCAACCGCUACCCUUACCCUUGCUACAAACAGGUGUUUGUGGACGAAACAGACAUUCCCGUGGCCGCCUAUGCGACACUCAGCAUACUCAGCACGAAUCUGCUCCAUUCGGUGGCCAUUAUAGACCAGACGUACAUCACCCGCAAGGCGAUGGCGCUGGCCAUUGCGGAACAGUUCUUCGGCUGCUUCAUCUCCAUGCAGAACUGGUCGGACAUCUGGUUACCGAAGGGAAUCGCGACAUACCUCACCGGACUGUACGCCAAGAAAUGCUUCGGAAACAAUGCCUACCGCGAGUGGAUACAUUCUGAGCUGCUGGAGGUGGUGAAAUACGAGGAACAGUUUGGCGGCAUCAUCAUGGACCCGUCCCAGGCACCCGCACCCAUCCCCAGUGUGGGUCCAGGGCCUCACCCGCCACCCAGACCACCCGACCCGGGCUUCUACUUCCCCAUCAAGAACCUGCAUACACUCUCUCCCCGCUACUUGGAGGCUAUGAGGCGCAAGGCUCAUCUGGUCAUACGCAUGUUGGAGCACAGGAUAGGAUAUGAACUGCUGUUGCAAGUACUGAACAAGCAGUUAUCCCUGGCAUCUAAUGCAGCCAGUCAGAAACACUCGGCAGGGAUGUGGUCUCACAUGCUCAUCAGCACCAAUGUCUUUACCAGGGCUAUUUUCACCGUCACUGGGAAAGACAUGGCUGUGUUUGUAGAUCAGUGGGUUAGGACUGGAGGACAUGCCAAGUUUCAUCUUAGCUUUGUAUUCAACAGAAAGAGGAACACGGUUGAGUUGGAAGUGAGACAGGACGCCACGCAACAACGAGGGAUACGCAAGUAUGUCGGACCUCUGCUAGUCACAAUACAGGAGCUGGACGGAACAUUCAAACACACACUGCAGAUCGAGGGGACUGUGGCCAAGGCUGAUAUCACGUGUCAUUCUAAGAGCCGCAGAAAUAAGAAGAAGAAGAUCCCUCUGUGUACGGGCGAGGAGGUGGAUAUGGACCUGAGCGCCAUGGAUGCUGAUUCCCCUGUUCUGUGGAUCCGCCUGGACCCCGAAAUGACACUGUUGAGGUCUACAGUGAUAGAGCAGCCUGACUACCAAUGGCAGUACCAGCUUAGGCACGAGCGAGACGUCACAGCUCAGUUGGAGGCCAUCACAGCUCUAGAGAGAUUCCCCACUCCUCCUUCUAGACUGGCUCUCACAGACACCAUAGAGAACGACCAGACCUACGUACAGGUGCGAUGUCGGGCAGCUCACUGUCUCACCAAGGUUGCCAACGCCAUGGUGAGCACCUGGGCAGGACCCCCGGCUAUGCUGGCGAUAUUCCGCAAACUCUACGGCUCCUUCUCCUGCCCUCACAUCAUCAAGCAGAACAACUUUCAGAACUUGCAGCAUUACUACUUGCAAAAGACUAUCCCAGUGGCGAUGGCUGGCCUCCGCAACAGUCACGGCAUCUGUCCGCAGGAGGUGAUCCGCUUCCUUCUGGAUCUGUUCAAGUACAAUGACAACAGCAAGAACAGAUUCUCGGACAACUACUACAGGGCCGCUCUGAUAGAGGCACUGGGAGCGUCUGUCACUCCGGUCAUCUCAGUGGUACAGCAAGGUACGGAGAUAACCGCGGAGUCGCUGUCAGCCGACACCAAGCUGGUGUUGGAAGAGAUCACGAGGAACCUGAACCUAGAGAAGCUGCUUCCCUGCUACAAGCUGACCGUGACUCAGGCUUGUCUACGAGCUAUACGCAAGCUGCAGAAGUUCGGCCACCUGCCUAGCAUCCCCACGCUCUUCCGUACCUAUGCCGCCUACGGACAGUUUGUAGAUGUGAGACUGACUGCACUAGAGAUGCUGGUGGAUUUCACAGGCCUGGAUGGAAAGUGGUCAGACCUUGAGUAUCUGCUGGACAUUGCAGAGGAAGAUCCUGACCCUGCAGUGAGGUUCGGACUGGUGCGGCUGUUGUGUGACAAUCCUCCCUUCCACCACGCAACAUCUCACCGUCACAGGCUUGACAGGGAGGACCUGGUACACAGACUGUGGAACCUUUUCAACUGCAUGCUGUCUCAUGACACCCGGAUGAGAUGCUCCUUGGUAGACUUGUACUUUGUACUCUAUGGCAAACGGAAACCUACCAGCCUGCCCAUACCGGAGCUGGCGGCCCUCCUCAAGCCACAGAAAGUUGAAACUUUCAUGGACACUGAGGUGCCGCUGGUGAGGCCGGAACCAGUGGAGGUGGCCGGUGGAGGGGGAGGGGUGAAGCGCAAGGCAGAAGUAGAGCUAGAGGUGGUGACAGCUGAUGACCUAGGUGUCGCCACCGUUGAGGUGAUUGACGGCGACGACACUAACAAGUCGUCCAGAGCCAAGGUGGAGGGGAGUACCACAGAGACGGAGGUCAAGACGGAAUACUACUCUGACAACUCGGCCUCUCUGCCAGGAAUAUCAGGCACUGGUGGACCUCGCGAGUUUGAGCCUGGAAUGUUCAACAAGACAACAGACCUGUCCAAGCUGAAGAAAAAGAAGAAAGACCGCAAGAAGCAUAAACAUAAACACAAGCACAAGCACGACCACAAGCAUGGGAAGGAGAAGGACAAGAAGGAUCUGGGAAAACUGAAGAUCAAAGAAGAAACUCUGAGUUCAGUGAGUUCCAGUCCGAGUCCUCCUGCGAGCUCGGCCAGUCGCGAGUUCACAUUCUGAGCUCGGCCAGUCGCGAGUUCACAUUCUAAGCUCACAGUUGACUAGUGGUCUCAUGUAAACAAUGUACAGGUCCAAAGUGAAUAUUCGUGUGGUGUGGAUGGUGUGUGUUUUGUAGUGAAUUGUAUUAAAGAGAAGUAUUUUUAUAAAUUAUAAAUGUUCAAAAAAAAUUUUGAACAAUUUAAAAU